CGCAUUAUUAUUGUAUAUCUCAGGGUCCACCACCAUCUACUGAUCCAUCACCUCAUACUGUCCAUGGUCACAAAUAACAUACACAAGUUGUCUGUUUGAGAGGCGGAACAACCAUUCGCAUAUUCGCCGUCAUGGAUCCUGCAAAAUUGUCAGAUCAUGGACGACCAGAACACAUGCCCCUGCAACAGGCAGCCUUUGAUACUGGGCUGCAUUUGAGCACAAGAGACCUCGACUCCAGGAGUCCCCAUUCUUCAGGACCGCCGACACCAGCACUCAAAACGCCCCUGUCACGUCGCCCUUCGCAGCCAGCAACUUCUCCAAUACCCUUCCGGUCAACUUCACGGCCUCCGUCCGCACGCCGCCCAUCCAGCUCAGCGAGCCAGCAUCGGCAGACUGGCUCACCGGCUCCGAAACUUGUGAGAAAAACUUCGAGACCGUCUUUAGAUGGAUCACUCGAGGAUAGUGGGAGGAGACCCACCCCGAAGCGAUCAAUUUCCAAUCUGAUCGCAGGUUUAAGAGAGGCACAGACGACCAUGGAGUCAAUAGAAGAGCCCAUCCCACUCACAGCAUCCCAGAUCGCAAUUGAUCAUUUUGCCAGGGAAUUGGCAAAUCAUGCGACACAGGAGGAGCAGCCCGAGACGGUCGUGAUCUUUCACGACGCCUGCUAUGGACAUCGCUUUUCACGACAGAAGGCGACGAAAACAAUGCUGUCUAUGAUUGUCGAGAGGCCAGAGCGGAUACAUGCCAGCAUUCUGGGAGCAUCAACUGCGUACGUUCGUUUGGGCGCGCACCAUGCAGGUGGGAAACAUGCGCCUCAUCCAAAUAAAGUCACUGCCUCGACACCGCCAUUCAGAAUCAAUCGUUCUGAUCGCUCGCUCGACAUCAUGUCCUCAUUUGUCACUAAUGUGCAUGGUACUGCAUGGAUGUCGGAGCUAAGGAGCAUGUGUGAAGCCGCGCCUGAGCGACUUGCUUCGGGUGCGAAAGAGCUUGAGCGUACAAACCCUGCAUUGCAAUCGGAUAGUCACAAACUACACGAGGGAGACCUCUAUUUGGCGUCGGAGUCGAUUCAUGCAUUUCAAGGUGCGUUAGGAGGCGUCGCAGAUGCCGUAGACGCAGUGUUUCAGCCGUCGAAGACAAGUCGCGCUUUCGUUGCGGUACGACCUCCCGGACAUCACUGCUCUACGGACCACCCUAGCGGCUUCUGUUGGCUGAAUAACGUCCACGUCGGAAUUGAGUAUGCCGCGCAAACAUAUGGCCUGACGCAUGCGGCAAUAUUUGACUUUGAUCUGCACCAUGGUGACGGAAGUCAGGCAAUCGCCUGGGAUCGCAACAGCAAAAAUAAUGCCAAGCGCUUGAACGCAAAACCAUCGACCAAGCAGAAACUCGGUCCGGAUAUUGGAUACUACAGCUUGCAUGACAUCAACAGUUAUCCCUGCGAAAUGGGGGACGACGAAAAAGUUCAGGCCGCAAGUUUGUGCAUCGACAAUGCUCACAAUCAGUCUAUAUGGAACAUACACUUGCUGCCAUGGAAGGAUGAGGACGAGUUUUGGCGCUUGUACGAAGACCGAUACCUCGUACUGAUUGAGAAAGCAAGAGCCUUCUUGCAACAUCAUGCCGCUCGUAUUCGAGAGGAGAAAAAGGUAGCGCCAAAAGCUGCCAUAUUUUUGUCUGCAGGCUUCGAUGCGAGCGAAUGGGAAAGCCCCGGCAUGCAACGACACAAAGUCAAUGUUCCUACCGAGUUCUAUGCCCGAUUCACGCAGGACUUGGUCAAAUUAGCUCAAGAAGCAGAAUCUGAAUGCGAUGGUCGCGUGAUCAGCGUGCUCGAAGGAGGCUAUAGUGAUCGUGCGCUGUGCAGUGGAGUGCUGAGCCAUCUGUCCGGCCUCUGUACCGCGCCGACCACAGCCUCUGUCAACCCGUCGCAGCAUUCGGAUGACCUGAGCUCCCGGCUUGGCGGCAUGACCUUGAAUAAUGGUGCCGAGCAGAAACCGACAUAUCGCAAGGACUGGUGGUCUUUGAACAAUCUUACGGCACUUGAGCAGAAAAUAAACCCGCCACCGCCGCCUCAAGCGAAGAAAGGCCGUGCUGGACCUCAGCCAACAUAUGCGACGCCAACUGAAUCAUUCGCGUACAAAGUCGUCGACGCAAACAAGUUUGCGCGAUCAGUAUCGGGCACUAUGCGCGAAGCGCCGAUACCAACUCGCCCACCAACCCCUCCACCGCCGGAGGUAGAUUGGGUUGUCGCGACGCAGGAACUUUCCAAGCUUCUUAUACCGACGGAGCGGCAGACCAGGAGUUUUACUGCAGAGGAACUUGCGGUGACACGCAGCAAAAAGGAGCGCGAGAGCACGACGCCAGUUGAGUCGACCGCUCCUUUGCGACAGCUGCGCGAUCGAAGAAGCAAAGCCCCCACGCACGGCGAUGGCUCGGCAGGGGAUGAAUCGGACAUGUAUCGGGCAAUCAGCAGGUCAAGCCGGCGAGAGACCAUCGAUUUUGUCCCAUCAGACCACUCAAUGCCCGCGCCACCCAGAAGAGCUAGUAGACGCUUAAGUGCAGGUAGUAAUCUGGGAGCUUCUAGCGCAGAGGUUGAUCCCGAAGCACCACCUGUUCCAGCUCUACCUAGUAUCAAUGUUGCCACGCCGACGCCGGCACAGUCAAGCGCAGCGGAUGCGCAGAAGCCGCGGGUGGUCUCAAAAAGUCGCAAGACAGAUAUACUGCCUUCCCGCGGGCCAACGCCUACAUCAAGGCCCUUGCCGGCCAAGCCCAGCAACCCUGUGCUGACCAGCAAGAGUAACUCCGCGAAGAGUAAUAACGACGUUGACAGUCUCACUUCUGGUAUGAAGAAGAUCACUCUCAAAGUAAGCACGACGAGGGAACAGCAUGAUAUGAAGCAAAAGGAGAAGUUGGAUGCUGAGAGGCGAGCGCGUGCACUCAAAGGCGCAGAAACGCGUCGCCUGAAUGCUGCGGCUAAGAAAGCCGCUGGAGGUCAAGAUGGGGUUCCGAGUAAGCCAAUCAAGGUCGGGGCCUUGCUGCAGACAGGACAAAGUCAAGCUGCGUCACGCCCACCCCCAAGAGCACCUAGCACUGUGUCUAGGUUCGACCAGACCACGAACACCACUAAACACGACUCGCUCGUUUCGAACCCGCCAGCGUUGGCUCCGGAGGAAACCAUCACUCUACCAGUGUUCGACGAAUUUCCCUCCGCAGAAGACAUCAUCAACACUGGAUCUGGUAUUCCUCACGAGCAACCUCUCACUGCACCCGCAUCACACCUGCUGAUGCCAGAGCCACCGAUGGUGACCUACGCCAACGAACCAGGCAGUGACAUUGCACUACCACGGUGGAGCCUAUCAUUUGACAGUGCCGCGGUGGCGCAGGUAAUGCCGGACAUUGCCCCCUCACCAGUUGAGCCAAGCGACGCGCAUAUGACAACGCAAUCAUCUGGCAUGGAUUCAUCAAGUCGGCAACAACAGAGUGGUAACAUGGUGCCGCCUCAGAGCAAUAUCGCACCUGUUGCUGCUCCAUUACCUCCGAAAGCGGCUGUGCGUCCUACACAACUUCCAGUCUGGACCAGUUCUGGACAUAUUCCUUUUGCAAGUGACAGCAAGAUACCUCGAAGCCCACCAAAGAGCCAGCGCUAGCAAUGAAACCAAAUGCGCUCUUGGAUAAUUAGCUGAGAAUGCUCAGCGGAAACGGUCGUUCCCGGGUGGCUGUACUGAAAUGGUUUUGUUCCCUUGCAAAGAAUUCGCGAUUACCAAUCUUUGUCUCUUGAUGCUCUGCUGGCUUGAUCUCCUUUUCUUGUUCGUCCCUUACUCGCGAGAUACCCCCUGCUACUGCGACUGCUUUCCCGGAGGCUCUGCUCAUAUUGCACGCUUGUCCACGUCCAGGUUUUUGGUCUAGUGCAAAUUGUACAUAAUCUCUUUCUUGGUUCGAGUUGAAUGCGACCAUGGAUAUCUGUUCCCAUCAGGAAACCGCAAUCCUGACCAUAAUCCU